AUGGCCACGGGCGAGCUGACCGAGCUGGAGGUGGCCAUUGAGAAGAUCGUCACCGUCUUCUUCACCUACGCGGAGAAGGAGGGCAAGAAGGGCACGCUGACGGUCGGCGAGUUCAAGGAGCUGGUCCAGGUCCAGCUGCCCAACCUGAUGAAGGACGUCCCCUCCCUGGAGGAGAAGAUGAGCGAGCUGGACGUGAACCAUGACGAGGAGCUGAAAUUCGGCGAGUACUGGCGGCUGAUCUGGGCGCUGGCGAGGGCCAUGCGGAGGGAGAAAGCGGGGAAGAAGUGA